UGCUUUCAACUGCCAUGUUCGACUUUUGGGCGUGGAGGUCGAGGCGUCACCAAGUCCACAAGUCCUACGGGCCGUUUUACCCAUGUCUCCUCUUUUUUCCCAAAGGAUCUCGAGCAAUAUAUCUUGCUUCCGAUUACGUGGUCAUUAGCGUAUAUUCAGCCCGUGGGAUACUAGGAUCUGCGCUCUUAAGGCGCCUGCAUGCUGGCUAACGUGCCUAAUCGCCCUCCUUCUCACUCUCACCAGCAACCGCGACCAUGAGGAUCUUCUCGUCUUUCUCUCUGCCCCUUCUUCUGGGUGGACUUGUGCCCCUCCUAGGACAUGGCGCCCAGCCGGCGACGGCCAUCCAGCUCCCUGUGCAAGUGCCGUUCACAGGCCUUACACCCCAUUUCUACACCAUCCAGAAUUGGUGGAGCGACAUGCAGGACCGCAACACGUCGCCUCGCGACUACUGGCGUGAGCUCUUCGACCAUGCGCGUCAAGCCGUACAGGUUGCCUUUCAGGACCUAUCCAAUAUGCAACAGCGCUUUCCCGAAGCGCGUGCCUCCAUCGAGGAAUUUAUCGCCCUCGUGCGAAGCGUCGUCGAGGAUGCGGCGCACCUGCGGCCUCCAACCGAUCUGAUACCCAACAAUCUCGAAAACGCCGGGGCAAAAAUUGGGAAGGCCCUUAUGGCUAUUUUGGAGCAAGUGAAGACUGUGUUCCCACCGCCCAGCAAUGCGCCGAGCCAUGAGGAGCGCCUGGCGCUGGCGGAGAAUGUGGUCGGACGCGCGGUGAAAGCAGUGGAGGAGGUGCUGGUGAGGCGGGGCGUGGAUGAGGAGAAGGCGCACCGCACGCUCGAACAUAUGGCGAGGCAAUUGGUGCGGCUGGUGGUGAUUACCGGUGAGCGACCUCCACGAACAACACCCGGUCCUCUUUGUCUCUGCGAUCUGACCGCCGCCGCUAUGAUCAUCCCCGAAGGCUGGAUCCUCAGUCGCUUGCUGGGUAUGCUCGGCUUCGGGCCCGCAGGACCAAUUAAGGGCUCCUCCGCCGCCUGGAUGCAGCGUCGCUUCUGGGGCGCGACUGUUGCGAAGGGUAGCUGGUUCGCUUGGCUUCAGCGGGCGGGAAUGAAGGUUCCUGUUAAGGUGUGGGCGAUUAAAGCGCGGCUGUAAUCGUGCAUGGUACCGAGAUGGAUGCACAUGAUGUCGCAGUGAACAGUGUACACCCAAAAUGUUCAGGGUGGGCAGUUCAGAUUGGAAGCGCGUGUUGAAAAUCCCGUUCUUUCUUCUGUCGUGUUUCUGUUGGUUGCUCUGUACAGUACCGAUUUCCUUUCGAUCUGACUUUCUACUGUAUAUGUUGGCCUCCUUUUUGUGCUCGUAUCUACGGUACGUAGGACAGAGCUCCUUUGAGGUCCUGAGGCUCCGGCUCCCGAAAGCGGAACAACGAUGUCCAAACCUGGCA